GUUGGGGAUCUGGUGGGAGAGGGGGAGAGGGUCCUUGGAAUGUGUCUCAUUCAAAGGGGUGUUGAGUCAAGUCAAACUACGAAUUACAGGCUGUACAAAAGCCCUUGACACUAGGGGCCAAACUUGAUUAACCUUACCACCAAGAGGGACCUGAAGUCCCCAGCAUCAACUACAAAUCCCAGGAUACAUUUCACCGAUGGGGUCCGGCAUGCAAUGCGUUCCUUCUGUCUGCGCAGGCUUCGCACAUGCUCACUACCGAGCGGCGGAGCCCUCGUUUCCAUGGGUUCCCGGUCCCCGGCGGGGGCGGGGAAGCGGCCACGCCCCCCACACCGGGCUCCUGGGUGGAGCCGGAAUUUACCUUUGUACUGAACGUGGAGGGUGGGUGGGGUUGGGACGAGUGGCGUCCGUAGGGUGGGGCAGAAUCUGCGUCCGAGAGUCGCCUACUCCAGCUGCUCGCGAAGGUUUGACCCCCACGAAUCAGGCGGCCCGUUGGCCCUCCGGUCCUCCGGCCCUCGACCACCCUUCCCUCCCCGCCGCCAGCUGUCUGGCGGGAGCCCCGCCCCUAAGGCCCGGGGUCGCUGAAGCCCGAGCUUAGCAGGCUCCGCCUUCUCCCCCGGGUUGGAGCCCAUCACCUGACUGCCAGGUUUGGAGCCUUCCUAAUCGGGUAUCCCGGUCCGUACUCGAGGCGUUCUUCAGCGGGGUUGGGUCAGCCCGAAGGAGGGGGCGGGCUUCCUGGCGGUAGGGGGGAGGGGAGGAGUGUCCAAAGCGCCCUCCUCCUCUGAUCCCGCCAGACUCUCACAGAUCCUUCCUAGGCUGCCAUGGCCUCGGACGUUCCCGGGCCAACCGAAGAGUCGGGCCUUAGUCCCGAUGGGUCGGAUCUGGCCGUGAAUCCCUACGACGGACUCCCCUUCUCUUCCCGAUACUACACGCUGCUGGCCCAGCGUCGGGCCCUCCCGAUCUGGGCUGCGCGCUUUAGCUUCCUCGAGCAGCUGGAGAGCAGCCCUAGUGGGGUAGUGCUUGUGUCGGGAGAGCCUGGCUCCGGCAAGAGCACCCAGAUUCCUCAGUGGUGUGCCGAGUUUGCUCUGGCCAGGGGGUUCCAGCAUGGCCGAGUGACUGUCUCACAGCCCCAGCCUCUGGCUGCCCUGAGCCUAGCUCUUCGAGUAGCUGAUGAAAUGGACCUAAGCUUGGGCCAUGAAGUUGGCUACAGCAUCCCUUUGGAGGACUGCACUGGACCAGACACCCUGCUCAGGUUCUGCUGGGACAAACUGCUAUUACAGGAAGCAGCCUCAGCCCGAGGUGCAGGAGCUUGGGGUGUUCUGGUACUGGAUGAGGCCCAGGAGCGGUCAGUAGCCUCAGAUGUGCUGCAGGGAUUAUUGCGGGAUGCAGGGUUAGGGAACAGCCUCGAGGGCCCACGCUUAGUUGUCGUCACCGAUCCAGCCUUUGAAUCCAAGCUCUGUGCCUUUUGGGGUAACCCUCCUGUGGUUCGAGUCGCCCAGAGGCCAGAAGAAGGCCCUAUUCCUGUGUACAGAGAUCCUGCUCCCACAGAUCUGGUGGGUGCUGCCUGCAAGGCUGUGCUGGAAUUACAUCAGGAUGGAAUUCCAGGAGAUGUGCUGAUCUACCUACCCAGUGAAGAGAACAUUUUGCAGUGCUGUGAGUGUCUUCGAAAGGAGGCAGAGAGGUUGGAUCCCGAACUGACCCCAUUUCAGGUGCUACCACUACAUGCUGGACUUGGCCGGGCUGUACAGGCUGUGUAUGAGGAUGUGGAAGGAGGCCCUCGGAAGGUGGUGGUCACUCAUUGGCUGGCUGAUUCAUCUUUUUCUCCUUCAAUCCGCCACGUUAUUGACUCAGGACUGGAGCUUAGAAAUGUUUAUAAUCCUCAGAUCCGAGCUGAAUCCCAAGUGAUGAGGCCGAUCAGCAAAAGCCAAGCAGAAGCCAGGAGGCUGAGAACCAAAGGCCCCCCACUAGGAUCCUGUCUCCGCCUGUAUCCCAAAUCUUUUUUGGAGUUAAGAGCUCCCUCAGUUCCUUCACCUCGGGUAUGUGAGGAGAAUCUAAGCCGACUAGUGCUACUGUUAAAGAGGCGACACAUUGCAGAGCCAGGAGAGUGUCACUUUCUAGACCGGCCGGCCCCAGAGGCUCUAAUGCAGGCGCUAGAAGACCUGGACUAUCUGGCUGCCUUGGAUGAUGAUGGUGACCUGUCAGACCUAGGAGUCAUUCUUUCUGAACUGCCCCUGCCCCCCGAGUUAGCCAAAGCCCUCCUGGCUGCCUGUGAAUUUGACUGUGUGGAUGAGAUGCUGACCCUAGCAGCCAUGCUCACCACUGCCCCUGGCUUUGAGGGCCCCCCGAAGUGUGCAGAGGAGGCUGCCCGACGACGCGCACUGGAACACCCAGACGGUGACCACAGCACCCUGAUUCAGGUGUAUGAAGCCUUUAUACAGAGUGGGGAGGAUGAGAAUUGGUGUCGGGCUCGGGGUCUGAGCUGGGCUGCACUGUGCCAGGCCCAGGCAUUUCGGGGAGAGCUCCUGGAAUUGAUGCGCCGAAUUGAACUUCCCCUGUCUCCACCAGCAUUUGGCUCUGAACAGAAUCGAAAAAAUCUUCAGAGAGCACUGGUGUCGGGGUACUUCCUCAAGGUAGCUCGAGAUACAGACGGAGCUGGCAAUUACCUGCUCCUGACGCAUAAGCAUGUGGCUCACCUGUCCCCCUCCUGCUGCUACACAAAUCGCCGACCCCCCGCCCAACCUCCUCCCUGGGUGCUUUACCACAACUUUUCCAUCUCCCAAGACAACUGCCUCUCUAUUGUGUCUGAGAUCGAGCCCCACAUGCUGGUGGAGCUGGCUCCCCCCUACUUCCUGAGUAACCUGCCUCCCAGUGAGAGCCGAGACCUGCUGAAUCAGCUGAGAGAAGAGAUGAAUGGAGUCUUCUCAGGGAAUGAACCCCCCAGCCAGGACCUCAGCCUGGAUGAUAAAGAUGCUUGUGCCCUGCAGUGAUCUCUGUCUGAGGACCUGCCUUGAGAGGAGCCACAAAUGGCAGCGUCACCUGCCUGUCCCAGGGCCUGGCCACAAAUUGUAGGACCCAGGGGACAGGGUGUGGGUGUGCAAGGAAUACAGGGUAAGGACACACAAGGGGUUUUAGCAGGGGAGGGACCAGAAUGACCAGGAGGGUGCCCUCCUUCCCUCCCCCACCACCCUCACCACAAAAGCUUUUGCUCUGCCUUGAUUUUUCUGGAUGACUUCUUAGAGGCAUCAUGUACUGUGGACACAAGGAGUUCGUGAUCCUGGGCUUGGGGGCAGGGUGGUGACAACUGGGUGUCCGAGUGAAUGGAGGGACAGCCUGCAGUCAGCAAGACCCAACUUCAAAUCCAGCGGCACACACCACUUGGAUGUCCUUGGAGGCAAAUCACUUUACUGCUGUUUGCCUCAGUUUUCUCAUCUGUGAAAUGGUGACAAUAAAAACACCUACCUCACAGGGUUGUUGUGAGGAUCAAAUGCCAUAAUGAUUGUAAAGUGCUUAGCACAGUGCCUGGCACAUAGUAAGCACUAUCUAAAUGUUAGUUAAUUAUUAUCAUCAUCAUCAUCA